GGCAGGUGAGCGCUGCCGGCCGCCCCCUCCCCACGCCCCGGCCCGGCCCGCCCCGCCCCCUCCCCCCCACCGCGCCCGGGCUGGCGGCGGCGCCAUGAGCAGCGGGCGGGUGUGCGACCUGUCCCGGCGGAACCCGCAGGAGGACUUCGAGCUCAUCCAGCGCAUCGGCAGCGGCACCUACGGCGACGUCUACAAGGCUCGGAAUGUUAACACUGGUGAGCUAGCAGCGAUUAAAGUAAUAAAACUAGAACCAGGGGAAGAUUUUGCUGUUGUGCAGCAGGAAAUCAUUAUGAUGAAAGACUGUAAACAUCCAAACAUUGUUGCUUAUUUUGGCAGCUAUCUCAGACGAGAUAAGCUAUGGAUUUGCAUGGAGUUCUGUGGAGGUGGUUCUUUACAAGACAUUUAUCAUGUGACUGGACCACUUUCAGAACAUCAGAUUGCCUAUGUUAGCAGAGAAACACUACAGGGAUUGUGUUAUCUUCAUAGUAAAGGAAAAAUGCACAGAGAUAUAAAGGGAGCAAAUAUUCUUUUAACGGAUAAUGGCCAUGUAAAAUUAGCCGAUUUUGGAGUCUCUGCACAGAUAACAGCUACAAUUGCCAAAAGGAAAUCUUUCAUUGGCACCCCAUAUUGGAUGGCUCCAGAAGUUGCUGCAGUUGAAAGGAAAGGUGGCUAUAACCAACUGUGUGAUCUUUGGGCAGUUGGAAUAACAGCUAUAGAACUUGCAGAACUUCAGCCUCCAAUGUUUGACUUGCAUCCAAUGAGAGCAUUGUUCUUAAUGACAAAAAGCAACUUUCAACCUCCAAAGCUAAAAGAUAAAAUGAAAUGGUCAAAUACUUUCCAUCACUUUGUGAAAAUGGCACUUACAAAAAAUCCUAAAAAGAGACCUACAGCUGAAAAACUACUACAGCAUCCUUUUGUUACGCAGCCUUUAAAUCGAACACUUGCUAUUGAACUUUUAGAUAAAAUGAAUAAUCCUGAUCACUCUACUUACCAUGAUUUUGACGAUGAUGAUCCUGAGCCUCUUCUUGUGCCUCAUAGAAUUCACUCAACGAGUAGAAAUGUGAGAGAAGAAAAAACACGUUCUGAAAUAAACUUUGGGCAAGUAAAGUUUGAUCCACCUUUAAGGAAAGAGACAGAGCCACAUCACGAAUUUGAUUUACAAGUAGAAUAUGGUCAUAGCCCCCACAGUGGCUACUUCCUAGGUGCAAAUAAGAGUCUUCUAAAAUCAGUUGAAGAAGAACUGCAUCAGCGGGGACAUGUGGCACAUUUAGAAGAUGAUGAUGAUGAUGCAGAUGAUGACGCUAAACACUCUACUAUGAAAGCCAAAGUGCCACCACCUUUACCACCAAAGCCUAAAUCCAUCUACAUACCACAUGAAACUCAUUCCUCUGAAGAAGAUAGUCAAGGAACAAUCAAGAGAUGCCCUGUCUCAGAGAGUCCAGGAAAGUCGGCAUCACAGGUUCCACCUAGACCACCCCCUCCACGGCUACCUCCCCAGAAGCCUUAUGCUUUAGGUAAUGGAGUGAAUUCUAUACAGUUAAAUGGUGACAGAGAGGCAUCCCCACGUCAACAACAGAAUGAAAAUAGAGACACUAAUUUUUUAAGGAAAGAAAAGAAGGAAAUACUGAAACCAAUUAGUAAUGGUCUUCCUCCCACACCUAAAGUGCAUAUGGGUGCUUGCUUUUCAAAGGUGUUUAAUGGAUGCCCGUUAAAAAUUCAUUGUGCAACAUCAUGGAUAAAUCCAGAUACAAGAGAUCAGUACUUGAUAUUUGGUGCAGAGGAAGGGAUAUAUACCCUGAAUCUCAAUGAACUGCAUGAAACAUCAAUGGAACAGUUGUUUCCCCGAAGAUGCACAUGGUUGUAUGUAAUGAACAAUUGCUUGUUAUCAAUAUCCGGUAAAGCUUCUCAGCUUUAUUCACAUAAUUUACCAGGUCUCUUUGAUUAUGCACGACAAAUGCAAAAGUUACCUGUUGCUAUUCCAGCACAUAAGCUUCCUGACAGAAUACUCCCCAGGAAGUUUGCUGUAUCUACUAAAAUUCCUGACACCAAAUGGUGUCAAAAAUGUUGUGUUGUGAGGAAUCCUUACACAGGCCAUAAAUACCUUUGUGGAGCACUACAGACUAGCAUUGUUUUGUUGGAAUGGGUUGAACCAAUGCAGAAGUUUAUGUUAAUCAAGCACAUCGAUUUUCCUGUACCUUGUCCACUAAGAUUGUUUGAAAUGCUGGUAGUACCUGAACAGGAGUUCCCUUUAGUUUGUGUUGGCGUUGCUAGAGGGAGAGACUUCAACCAGGUGGUGAAGUUUGAGACUGUCAACCCAAAUUCUACCUCUUCGUGGUUUACAGAAACAGACACUACAGAAACAAGUGUUGUACAUGUAACACAGCUGGAGAGAGAUACCAUUUUGGUGUGUUUGGACUGUUGUAUAAAAAUAGUAAAUCUGCAAGGCAGAUUAAAAUCUAGCCGAAAACUGUCAUCAGAGCUCACAUUUGAUUUCCAGAUUGAAUCAAUAGUCUGUCUACAAGACAGUGUGUUAGCUUUCUGGAAACAUGGCAUGCAAGGAAGGAGUUUUAGGUCAAAUGAGAUCACACAGGAAAUUUCUGACAACACAAGGAUAUUCAGGCUACUUGGAUCUGACAGGGUUGUGGUAUUGGAAAGUAGGCCAACGGAUAAUCCAACAGCCAACAGCAAUUUAUACAUCCUGGCAGGUCAUGAAAACAGUUACUGAGAAUCAGGCAUGACAGAUGACUGUGAGAAGAAAACACUACUGCUGCAACCAUAAUGGAGGACUGAAAUUGCACAUGAGCUGCAGUUACUUUGUAAUUUAUUGUGGCAUGAGAGAAAGGUGACAAUUUUGUUGAAGUAGUAUGGACACGCUUAGCAUAUUAUACCACAGAAGUGCUUGAUUCACUGUUAUGUAAUCUUUGUACAUAUGCGGUAUUUUUCAGUGAAACAUUGAUGAAGACCUACACUGACUUUAUGUAGAUAAUGGUCCUUCUCUUAUGUACAAGUGUCUUACCUGUACAGAUAUAAAGGCUGCCAAGGCUGCAAAAAUACAGUUGGGGUACUAUUUUAAGGACUUCUUGUGUGGUUAUUAUAAAAUGGGAUGCUAGCAAUGAACAUAAUGCGUUUAAUAACACUAUUGUAUUUUAUUAUAUGUAAUUUACUAAUACAAAUAAAUCUUAAGUUUCAGACAUUGUAACCAAGGCUGUAAAUGGAUUACAAUCCUGUUUUUCAUUUUUAUGCAAGUACACUGGUCUUCAUGUUUGCACAAAGUAUUGAUCUGUGAUGUAUUUAGUCACAAAGGUAAGCUGUGACUUUGUGGAUAUGACUUGGGCUUCUAAGUACCUUUUUUAGUUUAUUUGGGUAGUUUUCUUUGUGAAACAAACCAAUUAAGCACCUGUAUUUUUCUAUUUAAGUACUUCUCUAUGCUUGAAAACAAUACCUUCUGGAAUGGGUAUGAAUCCCAGAAUAGUGGUACCUUGCUGUAACACUUCAAUAGUUGUAUGAAUGAUUAGUAUAUACAGUGAUAAAAUUAGCAUUCUUCAGAGACUUCAGUAAACAUUUUCAUAUCAUGAUGAAGAACUGUAACAUUCCACAUUGUGGAAAUGGUUUGAAGAUCUUGUUACAUGUUGACUUUUUUUGGCCUUAUAACCAUUUUCACACUUUUCUUGAUUUUAGGAUGUUAACACAUGGCCAAAAUAAUUUAGUUACUACCUCAUACAAACAAUAUAACCGUUGCUACACAUCACAGGAACUUAGUUUUGAUCAAAAUUAUUUUUGAUUGAUAUUUUCCAGUGGAGUAUGUAAUUGCCAAGUUUUAGCAAAAUGCACAUAUUUGGCUCUUUUUUGUAUAUGUUCUUUAUAUUUUAUUGUGAUAAUACACACUAAGAACAAAACUAAAGUGGUUUAUAGUCUGCAUUAUUGUUGUGAUUGGUAAUGCUUUUGAGCGUGUUCCCUAGUGUAUAUAAUGUAAAAUAAACAUUUUUUAACA